CAUUGAAUUUCAUAGUAUUUGUUCAACAUAAAUCACCUUUUUGCACCAUCUAUAUUAAGAGGACUAGUAGCCUCAUUGCUAUCAGAUAAUAGUUGUCUAGUGGUUUAUUGUUUUACUUUAUUAGAUUUCAUUUGUUUUGUUUUCUUUGUUUAGACAGUCUCCCUAUGUAGUCUAGGCUAGCAUCAAACUUCUACAUAGUCCAGAUUGGCCUCAAAUUUGCUGUCACUCUGCCUCAGUGGCCCAAUUAAUGGCUGACCUCACAGGUGUUCACGCAAUGCCUGGUUGGAGAUGUCUAUUGAUGAUAUUUACCUGCACAUCAUUUCUUACAGUAUGGUAAUGUAUUUAGAUUUUGAGCAAUUAAAAUGAGAGAAAUUUGAUUUUUUAAAGUUAGGAUGAAAGGUGCAACCCUCUUAAAACCAUACCCAAUCUAACCAUGUGAAAAUAGAAUCAAAUUCUAAAAUGCUUAUGAUGAAUACUUGAUUCCUCCUAGUUCCUCUUAUAAAGAAAUUAUUUGAUUUGCUUAGUUAUAUCUAUCGUAAGACUUCUUGUCUUCAAUUUCCCUCCCAUUACUGUGCAAGCAUGGCCACACAACAAGUUAACUUUGUUCUUCAUGGAAUUUAUGAGUCACAUAGUUUACAGAACGUAUUGUUUGUUUUGCAUUCAUGUUGCUAAUCAAUUUUUAUGAUUGGUGUAGUUCAUUAAUGUGUUUAUUGGGAAAAUUUUAAAAUGUACUGUUUAGAAUAUUGCAAUUAUACCACUCAUCAAUGAUCAAUUGCCCUGAUAAAGAAUCAUCACUGAUGAUAAAAGUCUGCAUUACCUGAGAGAGUGAUUCUUACAUUUGUACCUAUGAGACUCCCUUAAAAAGAAAAGUCAAAGCGCAGAUUCCCAUUGGCACCAGCAGACAAUUUAAUUCCAGAUCUGGAAGAAGCCCAGGGCUUGACUUAAAAUCAAAGGCUCCUAAGAAAUCCUUUAUGCACAUGGUUCUCUUGCUCAUUUUGAGAAAUAGUGGAUUGACCUAAAAGGCUGCAUAAAGCUCAACUUUUGAAAAUGGAAUUGAUCUGAAAACAUCUCAUGAAGUUAUCGCUUUGAACACGUGGUGGCGAUGCAGGCUAAGAGAAUGAAUCAAACCUCUGCAGGUCCAGAACUCCAUUUCAUUCCAAUGCUGAAGAAAAAAAAAAAAAAAGUACAGAACACAUUUGCCGCCACAGCUAAGACAGAAGCCUUCAGAAAGGAAGUGCUCAUCAGAAAAAUAGUAAGAUUGGACCUAAAAAUCUACAGCAAAGACUUUUGAAGGGUCAAGGUGAACGUGGUGUUUAGGGUUAUUUUUUCCUUGGGAAGCAGCCAUAACAACAGCAAUGCUUCAGACAGAAGUACAGCUGAAAAGGCAAGCGGUGCUUUUAAUGAUGGGGAUGCUUUUGUGGGAGGUGGGUUCAGAAUCAAUUCAGUAUUCCAUACUGGAAGAGACUGAAAGUGGCUCAUUUGUGGGUAACUUGACAAAGGAUCUGGGACUAAGGAUGGGAGAGCUGGCUACUCGGGGAGCAAGACUUGUUUUCAAAGGGAACAGGCAGUAUUUGCAGCUUGAUCUUCAGAAACAGGAUUUGCUGGUAAAAGAAAAACUGGAUCGUGAGGAGAUGUGCGGCUCCACGGAGCCAUGCCUGCUACCUUUCCAGCUGUUACUGGAAAAUCCUUUGCAGCUUUUUCAGGCUACAUUGAGAGUAGGAGAUAUAAAUGAUCAUGCUCCGGAGUUUCCAGCCAGAGAAGUGCUCCUUAGAAUAUCAGAAAAUACUAUACCAGGAAAGAGGUUUCCUUUGAAAAUGGCCCAGGAUUUAGACACUGGUAGUAACAGUCUUCAAAACUAUACAAUCAGCACCGACCCUCACUUCCAUGUUCUCACUCGCAGUCGCAGUGAUGGCAAGAAGUUCCCUGAGCUAGUACUAGAUAGAGCAUUGGACCGCGAGAAGCAGUCCCAACUCAGACUAACACUUACUGCAUUGGAUGGCGGGUCUCCACCCAGGUCAGGGACCACGGAGGUUCAGAUACAGGUUUUGGACAGCAAUGACAACAGCCCCGAAUUUGCUCAUGACCUCUAUGAGGCACAGCUCCCUGAGAACAAGCCCAUCGGAUCUCUGGUUAUUUCAGUCUCAGCUAGAGAUUUAGAUUCAGGAUCCUUUGGGGAAGUGUCAUAUGAGCUAUUUCAAGACGACGUUCUUAGCAAACCCUUUGAAAUAAACGCAAGGACAGGGGAAAUUCGGCUGAUAAAGGCUUUAGAUUUCGAGGCAUUUCAGAUUUAUCAUGUGGAUGUGGAGGCCACAGAUGGUGGUGGUCUAACAGGAAAAUGCGUCUUAAUUGUCCAGGUCAUGGAUGUGAAUGACAAUGCUCCUGAAUUGACCCUGUCCUCAUUAAUCAGCCCCAUCCCUGAAAAUUUGCCAGGGAUUAUAGUGGCAGUAUUCAGCGUUUCCGAUGCAGACUCUGGAAACAACCGGAAGGUUAUGUGUUCCAUAGAUGACACUCUCCCAUUUCGUCUACAACAAUCGACGGAGAAUUUCUACACUCUGGAAACAGAUGGAGCACUAGACAGAGAGAGCAGAGACAAGUACAACAUCACCAUCACCGUCUCAGACAUGGGCACACCCAGGCUGAAAACGGAGCACAACAUAACAGUGCAGGUGUCCGACGUGAACGACAACGCCCCAGCCUUCAGCCAAACCUCCUACACCCUGCUGGUCCCAGAGAACAACAGCCCCAGCCUGCACAUAGGCACAGUGAGCGCCACAGACACAGACUCAGGCACCAAUGCCCAGAUCACCUACUCGCUGCUGCCGCCCCAGGAAGGCGACCAAGACCCGCAGCUGGCCCUCGCCUCGCUGCUGUCCAUCCACGCGGACAGCGGGCAGCUGUUCGCCCUGCGCGCGCUGGACUACGAGGCGCUGCGGGCCUUCGAGUUCCGCGUGGGCGCCGCCGACCGAGGCUCGCCCGCGCUCAGCAGCCAGGCGCUGGUGCGCGUGCUGGUGCUGGACGCCAAUGACCACGCGCCCUUCGUGCUCUACCCGCCGCACAACGCGUCGACGCCCUGCACCGAGCUGCUGCCCAGGGCGGCCGAGCCCGGCUACCUGCUCACCAAGGUGGUGGCGGUGGACGGCGACUCGGGCCGCAACGCCUGGCUGUCCUUCCAGCUGCUGCAGGCCAGCGAGCCUGGGCUGUUCAGCGUGUGGGCGCACAAUGGCGAGGUGCGCACCGCCAGGCUGCUGAGCGAGCGCGACGCGCCCAGGCACAGGCUGCUCGUGCUGGUCCAGGACAAUGGCGAGCCGCCGCUGUCGGCCAGCGUCACGCUGCACGUGCUGCUGGUGGACGGCUUCUCGCAGCCCUACCUGCCCGUGGCCGAGGGCGCGCGCGACCCGGCGCCGCCCGACGCGCUCACUGUCUACCUGGUCAUCGCCCUGGCGUCCGUGUCUUCGCUCUUCCUCUUCUCUGUGCUCGUGUUGGUGGCGGUCAGGCUGUGCAGGAGGAGCGGGGCGUCCUCGCUGGGUGGCUGCUCUCUGCCUGAGGGCCACUUUCCUGGACACCUGGUGGACGUCAGCGGGGCGGGGACGCUGUCCCACAGCUACCAGUAUGAGGUUUGUCUGAUGGGAGACCCUAUGACAGGUGAGUUCAACUUGAGAAAGCCAGUUAUCCCCAGCUUCACUCCUUUGACUACUGAGGGGGAAAUGAAGGAUAGCCCCACCAUUAGGAAUAGUUUUCUAGUCAGUUAAGUAUUGAAUACUGUAGUAAAUUCUACUUAUCAACCUUGGAAAUGUCGUUUUGUUUUGUUUUGUUUUGUUUUUUCGAGGUAGGGUCUUGCUUUAGCCCAGGCUGACCUGGAAUUCACUAUGUAAUCUCAGAAUGGCCUCAAACUCACAACAGUCCUCCUACUCUGCCUCCCAAGUGCUGAGAUUAAAGGUGUGUGCCACCACACCUAGUUACAUUAUACGUUUGAAAGAUGGGGUUAUUUGAUUUCAAACUUUACUGAAUUUUUUAUAUUAAAAUUUACAAAUACAGGGAGUGUCAGUAAGACAAACUAUAAAGCAUAACAGAGAAAACAGUGUCUCUCAAACAUCUAUCUAACUCCUCCAAAAAUGCAAGUUCAAGAGCAGUGUUUAGUUAAAAGCCUGUCAUUUAGCCUAGUGAUCAAGAGACUGUGGAGCAUCUUUAUAAAAAGUAGUAAAAUAAGCAUUAGCAGUAUGCAUCAAUAACAUGCAUGAUUAAGUUAAAAGACAUUUUCAGCAAGGCAUGGUGGAUACACGUCUUUAAAUCCCAACACUUGGGAGGCAGAGGUAGGAGGAUCACCAUGAGUUCGAGGCCACCCUGAGACUACAUAGUGAAUAGCCUGAGCUAGAGCAACAUCCUGCCUUAAAAAACAAGCCAAAAAAAUAUAUAGUAUAGUACAAAGUCCUUAAGGUUGUAUUUACAGCAAAUUAUUGUAGUUGUUUCACUAUAGCUAUGUAGGAAUUGUUCUAAUUGUGAAUAUCGGAUAUUGGUUAAUCUUCCAACAACUCAUUUUGAGGCAAUUACUUAAAAUACUGUGUAACCCUACAUAUAAACACUAAAGGUGUCUAAAUACUAAGAUGCUUAUAUAUCUUUUGUAUAUAUACUUAAAUGUAUUUCAGUAUAUCCUAAUUGUCAACACAUUUUGAGAAUAUAAAUCUGUAUUGAAAUGUCAUCAUAUUAAC